GGAAAAACAUGUCGUGCGAAGAAUAAGGAAGAAGCAUUUCAUGUGAAAUGUAAAUAUUUCGUGCUAUCUUGAAGCGCUAAAAAUGCUUCGGAUUGAUUUUAAUCAACGAUUUUUGGAUCAUAGAAGUAUUUUAGUCUUUGUAAAGAAGCUUGGAGCUAUUACGGAAGCUGACUUUAGCGAAUUAUUUAACGACAUUUCACAACUCCGUACAUUGGAGCUUCCUAAUGGACGCACGGUUCAUCUCAGAUAUACUAGACAUAUUUCACAUCAGUUCAUAGAAUGGGGGAGUUUUCAUAUGCACAGGAAGUUACUGGGUAUAUUAAGUGUGGCGAAGACGUUGGAUGAAGAUAUUUAUCCAAUAAAAACUGCCCACGAAAGUUUAAAAACUUGGUAUGGUAAUACUGCACUACAUUGCCGAUGUUUUAUCUUGGGGGGCAAAAAUACAGACGAAACUAAAGAUAGAGAACUUGUGUUUUUAAAUCAAGAUAAUGUUAUGAAAGAAAUCGAGAAACAAAUGGCAGAUUAUGCAUUGUCGCUGUUUUUAGUCCUUGAAAGCAAGAAAAAGGAUAAAUCGUUAGAAAAACCUGAAAAGUUUGCAUUCCUUAGGUCUCCUCUAGAUGGUGAAAUUUCAGCUGACACUGAUAACAGGAACAGAAAACAAUGUAUUGGUCGGAUGAAAAAAUACAUUGGUGAUCUCUGUCUUUUAACAGGAGUACCAGAAGAAGCAAUAUUUCACUACUCCGUAGCAAUAGAUUUUCUUCGUUCUAUUGGUGAUUUGUUGUGGAUGUCAGGCUCAUUGGAAGGAUUGUGUGCUGCCUCUUUGCUAUGUCGGACUGAACAUAAAAUUGUAUCCCCAGAGAGACCAUCAUUACAGCUUGAUAUCAGUCAGUUAUCGACAGCUGGUUCUGAUGGUGAUGAGAACAGAAUUGUCAUACCACUCACAGAUAUGGAAAUAGUGGAAAAAGCUGAAGAAAUAUUUCAAAUUUAUGAAAAACAAAAGGAAUCAAGAGUGUUAUCUAUUGAAGCUAGGUUUAAGUAUGCAAGAUUCUUUUUGUCAAAAAAGAGACAUAGAGAUGUUAGUAUUGCUCUUCAAGAUGUGCUGGCCACUGAACUUACUUUUAAAUUAUCUGAUGCAGAAAAGAUUCAACUUUAUAGUGCAAUGGCAAUGAUAUAUGAAGAUGUUGGUUACAUGAGAAAGGCAGCGUUUUUCACAAGGGUCGCUGCUCGUCAUUGUACAUCGCAGCAUUUGCCUCCACAAGGAUGGACUGCUUCUUACAAUCUAAUGCGAAAUGCUUUGGAUGGGUAUAAAAUCCACUUUGAUGACGGUACAGUUUCACCAUCACAGAAAAAUGCACAUGGCUGGCCUGAACUAAAAAUUCAGUUGAUGAAAGAAUUAAUUGAAAUGUCAAAAGAACUACAAAACAAUAAUAUCCCAAUUAGGCAUAUAUUGUACUUAUUACAGACUAUGCAUUCUGAUAUAAACGAAAAUGACAUGCAAGAGUUGAUAAGCUUAUUGGAAAAGUUAGCAUCAACAUCACAGGGUCAUUUUAAUCUGGUUGAUGAUCUUCAUCUUGACAAUAAUGAUGUUUUACCAGCACUUUCUCUCACUGAGUUACCAAUUGUAAGAUCAAUGAAAGUGAAUGUUCUUGCAAGUCAUCUCAGACCAGUUCUUAGUCCAUCCAGUUCUUCUCCUGUCAAAACACCUUUUAUUUUCUCAACAUUGAACAAAGGACCUCGUAAGAACAAGAAAACAAAUCCUGCAAUCAGAUGGGUUGAAGGUGAUUUUGGUGAAGUGGCCAUGCAAGUUUUUAAUCCAAUGCCAUUUGACAUAAAAAUUAGUAAAAUGACAUUGCUAACAGAAGGUGUUCCAUUUCAAGCCUUUCCCUCGUGUCUGGCUUUAUCCACUGAUAACAUGUCACAUCCAUUUAUGUUACUUGGUAUCCCUGAAGGAUCAGGACAACUAGCAAUUACAGGUUAUUCAGUGGAGCUUUUUGGUAUCCAAAGUAACUGUUCUAUAACACAAACAAUUUUAGACAAACAGUUUAGUCUUCCAUUGAUUGUUGAUGUGACGCCAAGGCUACCUCUGAUACAGUUCCAGUCUGAUAUAAAUGAUGUCAAAUCAUUUGUGAACAGCAGUCAUAGAGGGUCUUCAUUGACUUUGGAAGUUAAAAUGUACAAAGGACAGACCAUAUCAGGACCCAUCCUUGUUGAAAAUGUUGGUAAAAUACCUGUCGAAGAUCUUGCCAUCACAAUUUUGAGCUCUUUUAAAACUGAUACACUCAACUUAGUGACGUUAGAUAAAGAUCAUGUGACUGAAUCUCUUCCGCUGUUGCCAGAACAAUCCAGCCACUUCAACCUAAAAUUUUGCGCUCUUAUGCCAGACUCUCUCCAGAGUGGUGGCAAGUUGAACUGGUCAGGGAAACUGAGGAUCAAUUAUAGUGGUGGAGAAGCGUGGAAACUAGGAAUCAGUCGUAAUGCUGUAGUAGAUAUCCGUAUUGAAGUCGUACCCAGUGUUCAGUUACUAAAUUACUCCUUUGUCUCCGUGGAAAAAAGUGAUGAUGAACAUUUUGAAAUAUGUAUGGAUAUCCACAAUCAAACCAAUCACGAUAUUGACUGGAGAUUUCAAAUGAAUUCAGGUAUCGCGUAUCCAGAAGAAGUAAAUCGUCUCAAGAUUGAUCAAUCACUCAGGGCCACACUUGAGUUGGAAAAGUUUGAUUUAUCUGAUGAUGAUAAGAAAACACAGCAUGAACUGUGCUUGGAAAGAAUUCUUAAUUUGGUCAAGUUGAGUUGGCAAAUUCCUGAACUGAAAGUAUUUGGAGUUUUAAAUCUGGAUGGUUUAAAAAUCACGGAAGAUAUAAUGAAGGUUGUAAAGAGAAAUGGAUUUAUAUUUGAAAUGUCAGUAAAUGAUGAAAAGAUAAAGAAAGGAAGUUGUGUAUCUUGUGUUGCGUCAAAACCAAUAUUUCUCACUGUUUCAGUUUGUAAUUCAAGUGAUAAAGACGCUGCGUCGUUUAUUUUAAACAUUGAGCCGUUUGAAGUUGACGAUAAUGGCGUGCAAAAUUUUGAUGUGAAACAAAGAAUCUGUUGGUUAGGAGCUACGAGUACUUUGCAACCAAAGAUCCCUGCUAAAUCCAAGCUGGAACACUCCUUUGCACUGAUAUUUCUAUCCCCAGGACAAUUUUUUAUGAAUAUCAAGUGUUUUGAACGUGUUCAUACGGAUAAUGAUCAACCGUUCAGAGGACGUGCUCAUGUUAUAAAAGACGUUUCUUCCAACCGUCGUUCUCGAUCGUCUCGCACUGACAGUUUCACAGAAAGUUUACUAUUGAGACAAAGAUCGCAGUCGACGCCACUAGCCCAGUGUGCGUACUUUAUCAGCUUUGAAGUAGGAGAAGAUCCAGAUACCAUCAUCAACAAUGAUUGUUCAAGUGACGAUCCACAAGUGAAAAAGAACUGUGCAUCUCUAGCAGGAGCAGAUAAUAUUUCCUCAGAUCAAUGUAACGAAGAAUUUUCUGAGCAGAAAAAUACAGCGAGUGAAGUGAGCGAUGCGGUUGAGUUUUAUACUGAGGUGGAAAUACUUCCUACCGUGGCUAAUGUGGCUUUGAAUGACAUAAUAAUUCCUUCUGAAGAAAACAGCAAUCGUGGGGAGUUAUCAUCUUCUGUCAUGAGCAGCCAGGAACAGCUAAUAUCAGAUGAUGAGAUUGGCGGGUCAAAGAUGGUGGAUAAACUGGAGGUAAAGAUGGACGAUGUCGAUGAAGACGAGGGGCAUAAAUCUGUUCUUGAAAGAAAUAAACAUUGUUCUAUUAACGACAGACAGAAAACUUCAAAAAAUGAUGGGGAGGAUAUUUCUGAACAGUCAAAAGAUCGGACGUCUGUACCAGGUGUAAGUGAUACAGUAAUACCAUUUGAUGAUGUUUCUCAGAACAAAGAGUUUUAUAGCAAUAAACCUGAUGACAGUUGUCACACUGAAAAUCAGGAGAUUGAUCUAAAUUCUGCGGAAACUCAAAAUGAUUUAGAAAAACAGCACAAUGUCACACCUCAAUUGAACAAGGUUACGAUGGCUGAAAAAGGAAAAUCAAAUGAAAUUUCGAAUGAAGAAAUGUCUAAACCAGACAACAUGCAAGAAGGAGACGAUCAGAGAACUGAUGUUUCAAAUAACUUUAAAUUUCAUCAACGUUCGGAUGAAACGGAACUAAGAAGUCCUAGCGUUAAAGAGAAAAUUAUGUUUUUUAAUUCUGGUUAAUUCCUCGUGUCGACAUGAACUUUCGUUAAAGGAGGAGAUGAGAAUCAUGUCUUCUUCGUUUCAAGAUAAAUCUUUGAAUAGCUUUUGAUGUAAAUAAAUGAUUAUAAAUUAAAUCUAUUAAAUGACUUUCUAUGUACAACCGUUCACCGUAACUAUCUAAAAAAUAAUCAAGAAUAGAAACGUGUUCAUUUUCACCAAUUAAUCGCUUGCAUUUUGGUAAUUAUAUGACCACCAUGUAAUAUC